UUAACAAACAGGGGGAAAGCAAGACACAGGACUAAGGACGCGAAAGAUAACCAGAAUCGGACAAGACCACUGUGUUUCAAGAUGCGAAUAACCUCUCCCUAGAAGAGGGCAGCGAUGGGUUAGACGGGAUUUAACAUGAUUGCAAAAUAAAAGCAAUUAUAUCUAAAGAUGUCUGCUCCGCUCGGGCCUCGGGGCGGCCCGGCCGCUCCUCCUUCGGCUGCUGUCCUACCGGAGAUGCCGGACCUCAGCCAUCUCACAGAGGAGGAGAGAAAGAUCAUCCUCGCAGUCAUGGACCGACAGAAGAAAGAAGAGGAAAAGGAACAGUCCAUGUUAAAGAAGUUGCACCAGCAGUUCGAGAUGUACAAGGACCAGGUGAAGAAGAUUGGAGAGGAAGCACAACUAACACAGGAGCAAAAAGGGGACACGCCCACCUGUGGGAUCUGCCACAAGACCAAGUUUGCCGACGGCUGCGGCCACAACUGUUCAUAUUGCCAAACUAAAUUCUGUGCGCGGUGCGGAGGUCGCGUGUCUCUGCGGUCAAAUAAGGAGGACAAAGUGGUGAUGUGGGUAUGCAACUUGUGCCGAAAACAACAAGAAAUCCUCACCAAGUCAGGCGCCUGGUUCUACGGCUCCAACUCCCAGCAGCCGGGGGGCGCUGAAGGCGCCAGGGGUCGGCGGCACGAGGAGGCACCCCAGGAGAAGCGGGCCAAACUGCAGGGGGACGCGCCCGUGCCGGCGUCCGACAAAAACAGACCUCACGGACUCCCGCGGCAGGACUCCCUAAAAAACGGCGCACGGCACUCGGGUCCCGGCGACGCCCCCGGCGACAGGAAGAGAAGUCCAUCGGCAUCCAGGGACCCAAACCAAAAAUACGACCAAAGGGAGGAGAGGGGCGAGCGCUCGCAGUAUGCCCUGUCGGACGGCGGGAUGCCCAGGUCGCCGUCCGACUACGGGGGGCGGGACCCCCGCAGGCCGGGGCGGGGCCCGCGGAUGUACGAGGACGCGGACACGGCGCGCGGGGAGUACCAGUCCCGGCGGGGCCGCUGGCGCUCGCAGGAGUAUCCGCCGGACGAGGAUGCCCCGCCCAGCGACUACGAGUUACAGCGACGGCGUGAGGAGGAGUUCCAGGCGCGCUACCGCAGCGACCCCAACCUGGCACGCUACCCCGUCAAGCCGCAGCCCUAUGAGGAGCAGAUGCGCAUCCACGCCGAGGUGUCACGGGCCCGGCACGAGCGGCGCCACAGUGACGUGUCGCUGGCCUACACCGAGCUGGACGAGCCCCAGGGCCCGCUGCUGCGGGGAGAGCGGCCUUCCCGCCCCCGCGGCAUGACGCCCACGGAGGGCCAGCGCUCCUACUCGGUGGACAGAACUUCCCCGGGCCCCGGGCACCGGGGCUCCAACCACAGCCCGCCGACGCCCCGCCGGAGCCCCGUCCUGGGGGAGCGGGCGGGCCGGGGGCCGGGGGGAGACCCCGGGCGGCCGCAGCAGCACCACCUGGACCCCAGCUCGGCCGUGCGCAAGAGCAAGCGCGAGAAGAUGGAGAGCAUGCUGCGCAACGACUCGCUCAGCUCCGACCAGUCCGAGUCGGUGCGCCCGCCCCCGCCCAAGCCGCACAAGACCAAGAAGCUGGGCAAGAUGCGGCAGAUGUCUUUCAGCAGCUCCGAGGAGGAGCUGGCCACCACGCCCGAGUACACCAGCUGCGAAGACGUGGAGAUCGAGAGCGAGUCCGUCAGCGAGAAAGCAGACAUGGACGGCCACUGGUGGGACCACGCGUCCUGGCACGGCGACGCCUCCCCAAUGACGUUGCACCCGGUGACAUGGCAACCGUCGAAAGACGGGGAGCGUUUGAUAGGCCGGAUACUGCUGAACAAGCGUAUGAAGGACGGAAGCGUGCCUAGAGACACAGGAGCCCUGCUGGGUCUGAAGGUGGUUGGAGGAAAGAUGACAGAAUCUGGUAGACUUUGUGCUUUCAUCACAAAAGUGAAGAAAGGGAGUCUGGCAGAUACUGUAGGACACCUCCGACCAGGUGACCAGGUCCUGGAAUGGAAUGGGAGACAUUUGCAAGGAGCCACAUUUAAAGAAGUUUACAAUAUCAUUUUAGAAUCCAAGCCUGAGCCCCAGGUGGAGCUGGUGGUCUCUCGACCCAUUGGGGACAUUCCCCGGAUACCCGACAGCACACAUGCACAACUGGAAUCAAGCUCGAGUUCCUUUGAGUCUCAGAAGAUGGAUCGCCCCUCCAUCUCUGUUACGUCUCCCAUGAGCCCCGGCAUGCUGCGGGACGCCCCCCAGUACCUGUCUGGACAGCUCUCAAGCCAAAGCCUUAGUAGAGGACCUACGCCUUUUGUCCCUAGGGUCCAGGUUAAACUCUGGUACGACAAAGUGGGUCAUCAGCUUAUUGUCACCAUUCUGGGAGCGAAAGACCUGCCUUCCAGAGAAGACGGGCGGCCGAGGAAUCCCUACGUAAAAAUCUACUUCUUACCUGACAGAAGUGACAAAAGCAAAAGAAGAACAAAAACGGUAAAGAAAUCGCUAGAGCCCAAAUGGAACCAGACCUUUAUGUACUCGCCCGUGCACCGGCGCGAGUUCCGGGAGCGCAUGCUGGAGAUCACGCUGUGGGACCAGGCCCGCGUCCGCGAGGAGGAGAGCGAGUUCCUGGGAGAGAUCCUGAUCGAGCUGGAGACGGCGCUGCUGGACGACCAGCCCCAUUGGUACAAGCUGCAGACGCACGACGUGUCAUCCAUGCCGCUGCCGAACCCUUCGCCCUACAUGCAGCGGAGACUGCUGCAGGGGGAGAGCCCCACGCGGAGACUGCAGAGAUCCCAGAGAAUCAGCGACAGUGAGAUCUCUGAUUACGACUGUGAAGACGGGAUCGGAGUAAUAUCAGAUUACAGGCACAACGGCAGGGAUCUGCAGAGCUCCACGCUGUCCGUUCCGGAGCAGGUGAUGUCGUCCAACCACUGCUCCCGGUCGGCGGAGAUGAACCGGGUCCGGUCGCGUUCGCCCAGCGUCCCCCCUCCACACAGCCGGAGUCUGGACCACGGCGCUCGGGGCAGCCCGUCGCAGUACGGCACCACGAGCAGGAUGGACCGCCAGAGGGCGUCGGAGGACCGCUACUCCCCUGACAGACACUAUCUCACCCUACCUCCUCGAUCCAGACACAGCCAGCCCGACCAUCAUCAUUACACGGAACCCAGGCAUUGCAGAGGCCUGGACAGGCCUGAGUAUCACAGGUCCCGGUCGGCGGACCAGCGGCCGGCGCUGGAGCGCCCCUCCGCCUCCCGCUCCCGGUCCACAGAGCGCCCCGACUCCAACCACAUGAGGUCCAUGCCGUCCUUACCGUCCGGAAGAUCCGCCCCUCCCUCACCCGCCUUAACGAGGGCGCACCCCCGCAGCGGAUCGGUCCAAACCAGCCCCACCAGUACCCCGGUGUCUGGUCGGAGAGGACGGCAGCUACCACAGCUCCCUUCAAAGGGGACGCUGGAGAGAAAAGAUGGAGACCAAGGAACAGAGCCUUUUGAAGGUGCCAUGGAUGUUGAAGAGCGAACGCGGCAGAUGAAGCUGAAGAUGAACAAGUACAAGCAGGGAGCAGGCUCCGACUCCCGGCUGGAGCAGCGGUCGGGCAGGGAUCCACAGCGGGGCUCGGACAACCUCUCCACCAAGUCGUCGGACAGCGAUGUAAGCGACGUGUCCGCUGUGUCGAGGACCAGCAGUGCGUCUCGGUUCAGCAGCACGAGCUACAUGUCUGUCCAGUCCGAGCGGCCGCGGGGGAACCGCAAGAUCAGUGACUUUACGUCCAAAAUGAAAAACAGGCAGAUGGGCGUGUCCGGGAACAACAUGGCGAAGAGCUCCAGCAUCAGCGGGGACAUGUACAGCCUGGAGAAGAACGACGGCAGCCAGUCGGACACCGCCGUGGGGACGGUGGGCACCGGCGACAAGAAGAGGCGCUCCAGCAUCGGUGCCAAAAUGGUGGCGAUCGUGGGCCUCUCGAGGAAGAGCCGGAGCACCUCGCAGCUCAGCCAGACAGAGGCCGGUGGGAAAAAGCUGCGCAGCACGGUGCAGAGGAGCACAGAGACGGGCCUGGCCGUGGAGAUGCGCAGCCGCAUGACGCGGCAGGCCAGCCGCGAGUCCACCGACGGCAGCAUGAACAGCUUCAGCUCCGAGGGAAACCUCAUCUUCCCCAGUGUACGUCUGUCAUCUGACAGCCAGUUCAGUGACUUCCUGGACGGAUUAGGCCCCGCCCAGCUCGUCGGGAGACAAACACUGGCCACUCCCCCAAUGGGUGACAUCCAGAUUGGAAUGGUGGACAAGAAGGGAUCCCUGGAGGUGGAGGUCAUCCGAGCCCGCGGCCUCGUGGGAAAACCAGGCUCAAAGGCACUGCCAGCACCCUACGUUAAAGUAUACCUGUUGGACAACGGUGCCUGUGUAGCCAAAAAGAAAACAAAAGUAGCGAGAAAAACCCUGGACCCCCUGUACCAGCAGCAGCUGUCCUUUGAGGAAAGCCCAGCAGGAAAAGUGUUACAGGUUAUUGUGUGGGGGGACUAUGGACGCAUGGACCAUAAAUCCUUUAUGGGAGCCGUUCAGAUACUUUUAGACGACCUAGACUUGUCCAACAUGGUGAUUGGCUGGUUCAAGCUCUUUCCCCCUUCCUCAUUGGUGGACCCGACCAUGGCGACUUUAACUAGGAGAGCUUCCCAGUCCUCGCUGGACAGCUCCUCGGGACCCUUCGCUCGAUCGUAGCACCACGAGGACAAGUAGCGUUGUCGUAGCAACCAGCAUCGGAGUCAACGGUCUCGACAGGUCACGCCCUGGCUACACUGCAUGCUUGAUGUUGUGUCUUCUGAGCCCGUUACUAAGGAUGCACCGAGCAGGCCUGCGCCCGCCGCCGCCGCUGCACACACCGUGCACCGGCAGAGCCCUCACCGGGAGAACCCAGGCGCAGGGUCACGGAAGGAACUUAGAACCACACGCAGCCCGGUGGCACUAGGUUUUUCAUUCAAUUUGAAGCCAUGGAGAAAAAAAAAAAUAUGACAGAGAGCAGACAGUGAUUGUUGAGUUCUACAGAAGCCCUGUUUAAAAAAAAAAAAAGAAAAGAAAAAGAAAAAACAACAAUCAUUUUUUUUCGUUUUU